AUGCUCCUGCUGCACUGCCCAUUGCUGCUCCUGCUGCUGCCGCUCAGCUCCAGGCCCCAGAAGUUGCCUACCAGAGAUGAGGAACUCUUCCAAAUGCAGAUCCGGGACAAAGCUUUUUUUCAUGAUUCGUCAGUCAUCCCAGAUGGAGCUGAAAUCAGCAGCUACCUCUUCCGAGACACUCCUAAAAGGUAUUUCUUUGUGGUCGAAGAGGACAACACUCCCUUGGCAGUGACAGUGACACCAUGUGAUGCCCCUCUAGAGUGGAAACUCAGUGUGCAAGAGCUCCCAGAGGAAACUAGUGGAGAAGGUUCAGGUGAACCAGAACCUCUUGAGCAGCAGAAACAGCAGAUUACUAAUGAGGAAGGCACAGAGCUGUUCUCUUACAAAGGAAAUGAUGUUGAGUACUUUGUGUCCUCUGGUUCCCCAUCUGGUUUGUACCAACUAGAUCUGCUGUCGACGGAGAAAGAUACGCAUUUUAAAGUGUAUGCAACCACUACUCCGGAGUCAGACCAACCUUAUCCUGAAUUGCCUUAUGAUCCCAGGAUUGAUGUCACUUCUCUGGGACGCACAACAGUGACACUGGCGUGGAAACCAAGUCCCACCGCCUCCUUACUGAAACAGCCAAUUCAGUAUUGCAUAGUCAUCAAUAAAGAACACAAUUUCAAAAGCCUUUGUGCUGUUGAAGCCAAGCUCAGUUCUGAUGAUACCUUCAUGAUGGCUCCAAAACCAGGUCUGGAUUUCAGUCCAUUCGACUUCGCCCAUUUUGGCUUUCCUUCAGACAACAACUCUGGCAAAGAGCGUGGUUUCCUAAAAUCAUCAAAGUUUGGGCGCCAAACACCCUCAAAGCCAAGAGUCGACCUGCAUAAAGUUUGUAUUGGGAACAAGAACAUCUUCACAGUGUCAGACCUGAAGCCUGAUACACAGUACUACUUUGACAUGUUUGCAGUAAAUAUCAACACUAACAUGAGCACGGCCUAUGUUGGCACCUUUGCCAGAACAAAGGAGGAGGCUAAACAGAAAACAGUCGAACUGAAGGAUGGCAAAGUUACAGAUGUGUUCAUCAAGAGGAAGGGAGCCAAAUUUCUACGGUUUGCACCUGUUUCUUCUCACCAAAAAGUCACCUUCUCCAUCCAUUCAUGCCUGGAUGCUAUUCAGAUCCAAGUUAGAAGAGAUGGAAAACUUCUUUUGUCUCAAAAUGUGGAGGGUGUGCGGCAGUUCCAGCUUCGGGGAAAAGCAAAAGCUAAAUAUCUCAUUAGGCUGAAAGGAAGCAGAAAAGGUGCUUCUAUGCUGAAGAUCCUGGUUACAACCAGGCCUAACAAGCAGUCGUUUCCUUCUCUUCCUGAAGAUACACGAAUUAAAGCCUUUGACAAGCUCCGCACGUGUUCUUCAGUCACAGUGGCGUGGCUGGGCACACAAGAGAGAAACAAAUUCUGCAUCUACAAAAGGGAAGUGGAUGAAAAUUACAAUGAAGAGCAGAAGAAAAAAGAACAGAACCAGUGCUUGGGUCCAGACACGAGGAAGAAAUCGGAAAAGAUUCUCUGUAAAUACUUCCACAGCCAGAACAUCCAGAAAGCAGUGACCACAGAGACAAUCAGAGGCCUGCAGCCUGGCAAGUCCUACCUGCUGGAUGUUUAUGUCAUAGGGUAUGGUGGGCACUCUGUGAAAUACCAGAGCAAACUGGUGAAAACAAGGAAGUUCUGCUAG